AUGCCUUUAGCAAGCACAAGACAGUCUCUGAGUGGUUGCAUUGAGAUGAUUUUAAUUUUCUUUCUACUUUCUUUUGCAGGUUCACAACUCUGCUCAUGUGGGAAUCUCAUUGAUGAUAACUGCAUAGAAGAAGAGAGACAUGCUCUUUUAAAGUUCAGAGAUAGCUUUGAUAAUUACUCAAGGCAUGUCCUCGCAUGGGAAGGCAAACAAUGCUGCAGAUGGAAAGGGAUCAAAUGUGAUGGCAUCACUGGUCAUGUGACUAAGAUUGAUCUUAGCCCAAAAACAAUUCUGAUAGCGGAGAAAUUAAUCAACAAAGAUUACUACGGUGGGUGGUUUUAUAAUCGUACAUUGUCAAGUAGAGCAAUGAGUCCUUCAUUGCUAGAGUUGAAACAUUUGACCCACUUGGAUUUAAGCCUCAUUGAUUUUCAAUUGAGUCCUAUCCCAUCAUUCGUUGGCUCUCUGAAACAACUAAGAUACCUUAAUCUUUCCCAUUGUUGCUUUAAUGGGACAGUACCCCGCCAUCUUGAGAACCUCACCAACUUGCAAAUUCUUGAUCUUAAUGGAGUUUACUUGCAAAUUCUUGAUCUCAAUAGAGUUUACAUGAAUGUCUUGAUUAAAUUGAGGGAUCAGCAUUUAUUCGUGGAUGACUUCACUUGGGUCUCUCAACUUUCUUCUUUGCGAUAUAUUAACAUGGGGGGAGUUCACAUUGAGAAUGGGAUCAAUGAUAUAAUGAAGGUAAUUUACAAUCUCCCAUUCUUGUUACAAGCAGACUUUAUGUAUUGUCGAUUUUUCUCCUAUAGUACUUCUUAUGGUUUUGUGAACUCCUCCACCCUAACUUCCAAGGUUCAAGUCUUGAACCUUAGGGAAAAUAAUCUUGAUGUCAUACCUGAGGCUUUCCAAAACAUGACAUUCCUUAGAUCCAUUGACCUUUCGAAUAACUUUAUUGACUUCGUUCCAUUAUGGUUAGGAAAGUUAAGGUUUCUAGCACAUCUAAAUCUAUCAAGGAAUAGAAUUUCUGGCUUGCUCCCAACUGCUAUUCAAAACAUGUCAUCCCUUACAUCCCUUGACAUUUCUGACAACAAUAUUCUUGGCUCAAUUCCAUUAUGGUUGGGAGAGUUCACAUUUCUAGCCCAUAUAAAUCUAGCUAGGAAUAAACUUACUAGUUUCUUUCCUGCUAUUCAGAACAUUACUUCCCUCAGAGUCCUUGACCUUUCCAGCAAUAAUCUGAUUUCUGCAAUUCCAUUAUGCAUCAUCAAGAGAAUUCAACAUGUCAAUUUGUCUAACAAUAGAUUCUCUAUUCUCCAGAGUUCUUGCCCUUGGAAUUCCACAAUCAAUUGUAAUCUAAAAUCAUUGGACUUAUUGCAAGAUAAUAGAUUUCAAGGAGAAACAUUUGGACGCUCUAAAAAUAUAUCAGUAUGCAUUAACAAAGAUUUACUAGUACUGGAUUUAAGUCACAAUGAGUUGAAAUAUCUUACACAAAGCUUAGGCCAACUAAAGAACCUUGUGCACUUGAAUUUGGCUUCAAAUAUGUUCUAUGGCCCCAUUCCAUUAUUCCUUAGAAAUUUUACUAAAUUAGAAGCACUAAUUCUUGAAGAUAAUCACUUCAACGGAACAAUUCCAACAUUUUUUGGGAGAUUCUCUUUCUUAAGGGUGUUAGAUCUUUCUGGAAAUCACCUAGAAGGUCACAUCCCUAAAAGUCUUGCAAAGCUUCAAAACUUGAAAAGUUUGGAUCUUUCAGCUAACUCCUUAGAAGGUGCUCUUGGGAAAACUCUCCUUGGUAAUCUACCCAAUCUCCAAGAUUUAAAGGUGGGAAUGAAUAAGUUAUCUAUAGAUCUUGCACCCAAUUGGUUACCUCUUUUCCAAUUGAUAAAUCUUAAUUUGUCAUCUUGCAAAAUUGACACACCCAUUUCCUCAAUGGCUUCAAAGCCAAAAGAAGUUAGUCAGCUUAGACUUAUCAAACACUGGCCUUUGGGGAACCCUCCUCCCAACAUGGUUUCAACAAAAGAACCUCAUUAUAUAUCAUCAAAUAAGUUAUCAGGCACCAUUCCUAAAUCCUUUUGUGGUUCUUAUGGUACUGUUAAUUAUAUUCAAUCUUUGAACUUGAGCAACAAUAGUUUGCAUGGAGAGCUUCCAUCAACCUUGCGAUCUUGCUACAGGUUGGAGAUUUUGGAUCUUGGCAACAAUAAUCUACAUGGCAUUAUACCUUUCAAUAUAUGGGAAGGGAAUGAUGAUCAAUCAUGCAUUAAUAGUAGAUCAAGGGCUAGUGAAGAUUCUAAACUUGGAGCUGCUCCUAUUGAAUUCCAUUUUCCUGUUGCAGCUGCAAAUACUAUAGUCAUCAGUAAUAGAACAAUUGGAACUCAUCCUCCACCAAUUACUCCUACCUUUGAUCAAUGGGAGAAAGAAGAUGUCAAGCAAUUCAUGAAAGGAAGAGAACUUGAUUUCACAAAAAAUCUCAAGUUUGUAAUUAACAUGGACUUGUCAAGCAACAACCCUGUUGGCUUUAUACCAGAAGUUCUAACUUCUCUCACUGGAUUGGUUAGCUUGAAUUUAUCACACAACUCUUUAUCAGGAGAAAUCCCAAGCAAAAUAGGGAAAAUGAAGUUUCUAGAAUCAUUGGACCUCUCAUGGAACCAUCUUGAAGGCCCACUUCCAAGUAGCAUGUCUUCUUUGACAUCAUUGAGCCACUUGAAUUUGUCAUACAAUAACUUUUCAGGGCCCAUUCCAGAGGCAACCAAUUCCUCACUCUUGAAGACUCAUCCAUUUAUGUUGGAAAUCAAUAUCUCUGCGGAGAACCAGGUUUUGGGGAGUUAUUGGACUCCUAGUGUUCAACAAGAGUCUAAGCAAUACAUGACCACCAUAUUCAUGUGGAACCACAUGGUCAAGGUUUUACUAACAGUCACAGUUGUGGUCACGAUCGUGGUCUUGGUCAUGGACAUAAGUAAGGUCAAAGUAGAGACUUACAUCACAAGACUCCCCAUCCGAAGCGACAAAUUGCAAAAUGCAACAAUAAAAGAGGUGGAGUCUGUCAACUUUGAUCGAAGGAAACUUGAUCUCAAAGAUCUAUUUGAGGCUACAAUAGUAGGGCCCUUGGGAUCUGAUGAUAAUGCAGAUAAUGUGUAUUCAUGUUCUGGUGGCUCUUUGGAUUUUAGGGUCGAUGAUUCUAUUCAUUUUGGCCUCAAUUAUUUCCCCUUCGAUGAUCCUAAUGAUAAUGAGCUUUAG